AUGACUUCACGUAAAGUAAAAGUUCUUGUGCUUCCCGGUGAUAAUUGUGGCCCCGAAGUUGUUGCCGAGGGUGUAAAAGUACUUAAACUUAUUUCUCAAAUGAGAACAAAAUAUAAUCAUGUUGUAAUUGAACUCUGUGAAGAAACAAUUGGCG